AUGAAAGAAGACUUUUGGUCUAAUGUCCAUGAAAAACCGCAAACUUUACCACAAAAUGAUGAGGAAAAUUGUGGGAAAUUCACAUUUAAUCAGUUUCCACUGAAACCUCACGCUCAUCAAGAUACAACUUUUAAGGAGUUUUACGUCAACAUAACAUUUGAAAUCCUUGAAUUGUGGUUCUUUAAACCUGAGCCAACUAAUUCAAACAAUUUCUGA